AUGAGUACUGAAUUGUGUCCAGCAUACGCGCCCUUUUUCGGCGCCAUCGGAUGUGCGUCCGCGAUCAUCUUCUCGUCGUUCGGCGCUGCGUACGGGACUGCCAAGUCCGGUGUCGGUGUGUGCGCGACCUGUGUGCUGAGACCAGACUUGCUGUUCAAGAACAUCGUGCCUGUGGUCAUGGCCGGUAUUAUUGCCAUUUACGGUCUGGUUGUGUCGGUGUUGGUGUGCUACUCGCUGACCCAGAAGCAGGCUCUCUACACUGGGUUCAUCCAGCUGGGUGCCGGUCUCUCGGUCGGGCUCAGUGGUUUGGCCGCCGGGUUCGCCAUCGGUAUCGUCGGUGACGCGGGUGUGAGAGGUACUGCCCAGCAGCCUAGACUGUUUGUGGGUAUGAUUCUGAUCUUGAUUUUCGCCGAAGUGUUGGGUCUGUACGGGCUGAUUGUCGCGCUUCUGUUGAACUCCAGAGCCACCCAGGACGUCAGCUGCACCUAA